CCAGCGCGCGCGCUCCGAGUCGGCUUCGGCUUCGCGCUGUUGCCAGCGCUCGGCGUAGGCGGCAUCCAGGCGCUCACGCUCAAGACGUACAGCUUCCAUGAUACUCUGAGUCAUCCCCUGAGUUUCAGUGGAACUCUGGGUCUGGCGAGUCUCCACGGCCUGCGCACGCCGUUCCGCUUCUCCUCGGGCGAUUUCAGCGUGGACCAAGCGAUCCGUGAGUUCCUGGAUCUGGCGGCGCGCGUCCAGGUCACGUUGUUCCCUGAGACGCUCGCGCUCCAAGGCAUACAGGCGUUCUCUGGCGAGAAACUCGCGUUGGUCCUGCUCCAUGCAGGCCUGCCACUCCUGCUGUUGUCGCAAGAUAUUCAGCUUGAUUUGGGCGGGCCCAGACCUCGCGGACACGGACGAAGCUGA